AUGUACGCCUUCAACUUCUUCGCCCUCCUCGCCGCUGCCACCAUCGGCUCCGCCUCACCAGUCGCAAUCGAGGAACCACUUCAAGCUCGCCAGACCACCUGGACCUGCCCCGACUUUGGCAAAGUCUACAGCUCUGGCGCCGACGUCAUCGCUUCCCAGGACCCCCAGAAUGGACUCUGCUGCCUAUGGGGACUGCCUUAUUUGCAGGACAAGAGCCGCCAAUCCUGCUGCCGCAACGACCCGGCCCUGCUCAACGACGACACCUACAAAUGGUCGCUCGAAUGCUCCAGCCCAUACUGGAAGAACAUUACCAGUGUGCUAGAUGUGCGCCACUGCAACCUCGACCCCAACUACAUUUGCAAGGACGAGUGCAAGAACGUUCCGUACCUGUACCCCACCCCCAGGGACUGCCCUCCAAAGGCCUAA